UUUUUUUAUUUCUUUUUCGUAAAUGCACCGUUUUUUCAGUAUACAAAGACUGGCUGGAUCCAAACAAAUCAAUCGAGCCUUAUUCUCUACCUCAGCAUCUCGUUUGCAUAAGCCUAAUGCUCGAAAACAGUUACAAGGAACGGGUGCAGUUCCUCAAAGAGCUGGUCUCGCUAACGACAAGGAGAUAUACCUAGACUGGAACGCCAACAAGACAAGUGUCUAUAGUCACUUUUGGCUACGAGACCAUUGUCAUUGCGAAAAAUGCUAUCAUCCCAUCACACGUCAGCGACUUGUGGAUACUUUUUCAAUUCCUCGAGAUAUUCAGCCUGUAGCUGUCGAUAGUACACAGGAGGGUCUUUCUGUCUCAUGGCCAGAUGGCCAUCAAUCUGUUUAUGCCUGGGAUUGGUUACAUACGCAUUCUUAUAGUCCUAUCCUUCGCUCCUCUGAGCCCUUGGCUUCUAAAAAGCCUAAGUUAUGGGAUGCUCAAUUCCGAUUAUCACCCAUAGAACAUGAUGCUGUGAUGCAUACAGACGAGGGCCUAAAACAAUGGCUGGAUCAGCUCGAAACAUACGGUAUUUCGUUUAUUGAAGGAUGCCCAACUACUGUAGAAGCUACCGAGAAACUAGCUCGGCGUCUUUGCUUUUUAAGACAAACGCAUUACUCGCAAGGCAUCUGGUCCUUUACGGCUGAUCUGGCUCAUGCGGAUACGGCUUACACACAGCUCGCUCUGGGUGCACAUACAGACAACACGUAUUUUACAGAACCUGCUGGCUUACAAAUGUUUCACAAGCUAGAAUUCAAAGGCAAAGGCGGUGACUCCCUCUUUGUGGAUGGUUUCCAUGUAGCCAAACAACUCAAGGAAACCUCGUCUAAUGCUUAUCGUGUCUUAUCUAAUACACGUAUUCCCACUCACUCAGCGGGUGAUGAAAACGUUUUAAUUGUUCCCACCCCUCGAGCCUUUCCUAUUUUGAAUCAUGGACCUGACGGUGAACUUUAUCAGAUUCGUUACAACAAUGAUGAUAGAUCCACAUUGGAUCAUUUGAGUUCGACUCAAUUAGACGAAUUCUAUGAUGCUUUGUUCUUAUGGAGCAAAUUAGUCAAGGCGAAAGAGAAUGAGCUCUGGGAUUCAUUGACUCCAGGGCGUGUAGUGACAUUCGACAAUUGGCGUGUCUUGCAUGGCCGCAGUGCUUUUACUGGUCACCGUCGUAUUUGUGGUGCUUAUUUUCCUUGGGAUGAUUACAAGAGUCGAGCAAGAACACUUAGAAUGACACCUCAAGAUAAAAAUCGUCUUUUGUAAUUUUGUUUAUAUCAGAAAAAGGCGUUUUCUCGAAACAAAUAAAUAAUCAUGUAAAAGCAGUA